CAGAACAUCAAGUGGACAUUUCCACCAACCACUAGCGCGCGAGCUCGAGUGUAUCCUAACCCGAACAAUAGUCAUUGUUAGAGGAUUAAUGAAACAGUUUUGGACUGGGAUCACCCAGCAUCUACAAAAUAAGCAGUUCGUCCAGGAUGAAGUCGGUGUAUAUAAAGCUGAUAUCGAUUGCUGCUGUAGUGGUGACCGCCUUCCUACUGCUGUCAAUCAGCCGUAAUAGUCUCACGUUCUCACUAAGAACACCACGCACAAAAAGCAUUGACGAUCUGAGCCCUGAUUUUUACAGGAAUAUUCCGGAUGAUAUUUACUCGUGCGUGAAGACAACAAAGACCUACGAAUAUGAUUUUGAUAAUACCGACCUCUACCUGCUGCCGAGUAAGGAAAACAUGUGUGCAAUGAAAACAGAAGAUUUAGAGAAGCUUUAUCAGAUGUAUUUAGGUACCAUCCAGACGAUUUGUAAGAGACCCCUGCGGCUUGGUAACAGGAUUGAUGGUGGAUGGGACCUCUGUGUGGAGAAACAGUUCCUCACCCCCGGGGCAUGUCAGGUCUACUCGUUCGGUAUUAAUUACGAUUUCACCUUCGAUGACGAGAUAGCAAAGGAAUUCGACUGUAAGGUCCACUCCUUUGACCCCAGUAUGGAUCAAGAGAGCUACCAACGAAGUAAGAACCCCUUUGUGUACUUUCACGACAUUGGUAUCGCCAGUAAAUCCCAGCAAGUAAUCGGAAAUAAGGAAUGGAGAAUGUUAACGAUGAAGGAUACCAUGACAGAAUUGGGUCAUAAAACUAUUCCAGAUGUUAUCAAGAUGGAUAUAGAGUACUGGGAAUGGGACGUCCUCCCUAAUAUACUGUCUAGUAGUCUACUGCCAAAACAGUUCGCUAUAGAGUACCAUCUUUGGGACGCGAGUUAUACAACAAAGAAAGUCGUAUGGCUUCAUCGCUUGUGGAUCCUUAAAGACUUAUACGAUGCAGGCUACAGGAGUUUCUGGGUCAAUAGAAAUCUACCAUGUACAUUCAAAUCUGAGUUAACUUUAAAAUAUAUUUAUGCUUGCCACGAAGUUUCAUAUGUAAGAAUUGAGAAUGACAUAAGAACUUAGGAGAACUAAAGAGUUGUGAUGCGAGUUACAAAAUAACAAUAAUAAUUUUGACUUUUAUAUACCACUAUAUCACAGAAACAUAGCCGUCAAAGGCCGUUCACAAAUUAUAAUCCGUGGUGAUUGGGCCUUUAUCAACCACCCAAUGUCUUUCUUUCUCAACUUCCUGGGGAGCAUACAGCCGGAGCUGCCAUUUCGGCGCUUACAGCAUUCCUCGUGCUGCUCUACCACGUAGUCAUUUACAGCUGAGUCAACUGGAACACAACUGAGUAAAGAAUCCUGUUCAAGGAUACAACACAGCGCCCGUGCCGGUACUCAAACUAGCGACCACGUAGCUCUUCGUCAUACCAUUAGGCAAUUGUGCAUCCGUACAUUUGUGCUUGCAAAAGAAUCGGUCAACAGGACGCACGGAUAUUUAAGUCCCGGUACUUCUGCGUUUUUCGCCAGAUGCGAGAGUCGUAGAGGCAGUAGAGGUUGAAAGAAGAGCAGUAAAUUCAAUAUGGAUGUAAGAACCUAAGUAUGUCGUAGUCCUGGGAUUGUGUGUUUCGUACAGAUGGUAAGAGCUUUUUCCGUAUGGAGGCAGUGGUCAUAUACUGUCUCCUGAGGUGUUUUUAUGUGUGUUCCUUCUUGUGACAUACUGAACAUCCACCUGCGUGCUUACGGACGGCGAAAAACUCAAAAAUUCCUAAAAAGAUUGUACGAGGCCCGGUUGCCUUCCUGAAGUUUCUACCAACUUCACAUUUUAUCGGAAAUAAUGAGGCGUUGGCGUUUUUAUCCGCUGUAAAAUGGAAAUCAGGUUUAUCUGCCAGAUCACAUUGGUUUCCUAUUGAGUAACCAGUGUGCUUCACAGGACGUUAAUCCGUGGAAUCAUUGUAUCCUUGUUAAACUUAUUUGAUAUUGUUGAAAACUGGGUAUGACUUAUGUAACGGGAGAGGAAGACUGCAACGACCAGACCGGAACUCGAACCCAGGUUCCAUGAACUGUAGACGGACGCUCCAACCAUUUUAGUACCUGGUCACCGGAGUUCGGCCCAUCCAUGUCUCGGUACAUUUCUGCCCUCUUCAACAAAAUCUUCGACCCCGACGGCACACAUGAUACCCUAUACCACCCUCGUCGGUAUUUAGCUGGCGCCAAAUGUAACAGAGCGCAUGGUUAAUUCAAUUCAGAUAAUUAACUUUGCUAGUGAUCAAACCUUGGACCUCAGGCUUACAAAGUUAUUAACACAUGAGUCUUGACGACGGCGAUAUGUCACACAAUAACCUUUCAAUGAUGUAUUUCUUAAAUUUGUGAAAAGAAAACAAAAAUUAUAUUCGUAUUCAUUUCAUUUCUUUUGUCACAAUAUAACGAAAUACCCGAGUGUUAUAAAUGUAUGCAUUUUAUGCCUAAAGUAUGUGUUUUCGAUUGUUGAACAACAUGAAAUUAUUUCAUUACUGUGGUAUGUUAUACAGUGAUACUAUAAUGCAUAUAAAUCUUCACUGUGAAACACUACCUAUGUCCGUGACAAACUGUGGUGAUUGUCAACCAAAAAAAUAAAUAUAUAUUUCAUCUAAUGUAUCUUCAUGAUUCACCAUACAUUAAUUUAACUAAUGCCUUUUUACUUGUAAAAUAACAAUGUACAUUUAUAUGCUCUCCGUCUGCAUGUUGUUUGUCCUUUGUGCUUUUUUUUAAGAAAUCUUCAUUAUUUGGAUAUGCAAGUCAUGUUUAAUUUAUUACUGAUAUUUUCAAACCUGAACGUUUUUCGGGCCGUGAACUCUUCAAGAUCAUUGAGGUUUCAUAAAUGACAAACACUUUGGCUCAAUACUGUGAUAUCUACUUUUUUUCCAAAAUAAGGAGUUUGACGUUAGUCAAUUUUUUUUUACACAAUAAUAUUAAAAAAUAUUUUGUAUCCCCAGAACAUUAAUACAUUGGAAGGCUGCCAGGGUUUGAACCUUGGGGUCAGCCUUCAUUAUAUAAAAUAAAAAUGUCCCCUCGUGGGAGCUCUCACUCAUCACACAACUGUCACCUGCGGCAUAGUCCAUACUCUGUCACAAAAACAUUAUCACAUAACAAUGAUACAUAACUGACACGCAUUCUCUUACCCAGUAUAUUAGUUGACUAGUUCUCUUUUAUAUUUGAACAUAUAUAUAUAUAUAUAUAUAUAUAAAAGAAAACAAAAACCGAAAUCAUCAAUUAUUUUAGCUUAAGAAAAAAAUCAGUGUUGAUAUAUACAUGUAUAUACGUCAUCUCUGUCCAGAAACUGAUUUAAGAGACAGCACCUGUGUUUGCUGUUAGAAAUACACAAAUACUAAUGGAGACCAGUAUAUGUUGUAAAUGUCAUUUAUUAAUGACGUAUAAAAUUUCAACUUGAAUAUCAAUUACAUAAUAAUGAGUUAAUGUUGUACUCAAACAAAGUAUACGAUGGAAGAAAUCAACAUUUGCAAUUUUACAGCAAAGAUGGGGUAAAACAUUGGCAUUGACGACCCAGUUCAAAAUCUGAAUAAUGUCAUUGCCCCAUCUACAUAUACAAGUGCAUGUAUAUGUAUAUUAACUUCCAACUUUGUUUAAAAUAUCGUACUUGUGCAUUUAUGUAGUAUUGAAUUUUAAUGUUAACUAGAAAUUAUUGAGAAAACAUUCGCUGGAAGUCUUUCCAUAUUUGUAUUAAAACGUUUUGUGCAAUUGUUUAA